GGGGGGUGGGGGUUUCGGAGCCUGUCCACCCCUCCUCCCCCGUGCUCUCGCUCGUUUUAGUCCAUUGUUGUGAAGCGACAGCGGUGAGUUGUGAGUUCGACUGGCAACAGAACACUGCCACGAAUCCUGAGACUUGCAAACUGAGACUUUGCCGGGCUGAUUUUAAAACGCACUUAGCUCAUUUGCUGUGGCAAACCAUUCAGGAGCUGCUUGCGAUCAAGAGAACGGAAUCGUAGACUGUGCGUGUGAACGUUAGGUCUCACAGUUUAGCUCUUAGGUUCCCCAUUCAUAGUCUCAGAGGCGCUUUGGAGAGACGCUAAGGUCGCACUACAUCGGGCGACUUCUGUUCCACUUGGGCUAGUUUUAAACUCUCGUGGAAAACAUUGUCUGUAGGUUCAAUGGACUAGAAACAUCUAAACAUUUUUUUCUGGAGAUCUUUUUCUCCAUGUGGAUUAAGACGCUUUUUGUUUUUGCUUCGUGAACGCUCGAGUAAACAGCGCUUUAUCCGGCGUCAAGAGUCUAAUCAAGUGAGGAGUUGGACUUUGCGCACUGUAUCAAGGAUCAGUUCAAUCUGGCGUCCGUGGACAGUAAAGUCUUCAAUAUUGUUUUCUUAUUAAUGGAUCUAUAUGUUUGCUCUGAAGUGAACAAAAAAGAACUGCACAAAGACUUGGAAAUAAAACAGAACCUUGGACCAAUGGUCAUUUCUAGCAGAGGACACUAAUCUACAAAUUUCCCAAGGAUUAUUACAGCACCGAACGGAAAUACGGUGAUCGGGGUUGUGAGGCACUAGGGGUUGCCAAUGCCUGGCACCAGCUGCUGAGGCUUCCUCAGGCCAGCUCUGACCUCUUUAGAAAAUACAAGCACAAGAAGACCCAUCCAGUCUGCAAGAUGACUCAUCUCCACACGGUCCUUAUACUGAUGCUCUGUGUGGCGGACUGCACCUGGGGAAGGGCUGUCGUCACAUCAGAGGAACUUCAAGCCAAAGAGAAUAGAGUGCAUCGUCCUCCUCUCGUCCCGGGGUUUCCAGAGAACACCACGGCAGUGGUCGGGGGCAAUGUGAAGCUGGUGUGUAAGGUCCACAAGACUGCCUCCACUCAGAUCCAGUGGCUCAAGAAGGACGGCAGCCUCCUGGGAGCCGACGGCCAGCCCCAUCUGAGCGCUUUAACGCCUCUUGAGGGUAACAUAUCCAAGGUGAAUGUCCUGUCUCUCAACAAUGUGUCUCUGGAGAGCACAGGGGAGUAUGUGUGCAAGGCAGAGACUUCCUCUUGGCAGUACAUGCAAUCAGCCUGGCUCGAGGUCUACCCAGAGGAACUGCUGUCUCAUUCUCUGAUGCCAAACACCCCUCCGGAAAUGGCAGAGGAUGUGCCACAGGACCAGCUGGACCUGUCCGAGCACCUGUUGAUGGAGCCAGGCGACGUGCUGAAGCUGCGCUGUGACGCCGGGCGCCGGGGGUCGGUGCUCUGGUACAAGGGUGACGCCCGCGUGCAACACAGCACCCGCAUCCACAUCCGCGCCGGCGUCAUGGAGAUCAUCGACAUCUCCUUCGAGGACUCGGGCGUGUACGUGUGCGUGCUGCGAGGCUCGCGGGAGAUGCUGCGCAACCUCACCAUCACAGUAGCAGACUCAAUGGGCUCUGGAGAUGAUGAUGAGGACAACGGCUUGGACGACAUGUUGACGGAGUCGGAGAAUGACCAGGUGUACUUCAGCAGAGGACCCUACUGGACACUCACACAGCGCAUGGAGAAGAAGCUCUAUGCCGUGCCGGCCGGCAACACGGUGAAGUUCCGUUGCCCCGCCAUGGGCAGCCCCUUACCCACCAUCCGCUGGCUGAAGAAUGGGCGCGAGUUCCGGGGCGAGCACCGCAUCGGGGGCAUCAAGCUUCGACACCAGCACUGGAGCCUGGUGAUGGAGAGUGUGGUUCCGUCGGAUCGGGGCAACUACACGUGUGUCGUGGAGAACAAGUUCGGCUCCAUCACCCACAGCUACCUUCUUGAUGUGCUCGAGCGCUCCCCACAUCGGCCCAUCCUGCAGGCUGGCCUGCCCGCCAACACCACCGCUGUGGUGGGGGGAGAUGCCCAGUUCCUGUGUAAGGUGUACAGUGAUGCCCAGCCCCACAUCCAGUGGCUGAAGCACAUCGAGAAGAACGGCAGCCGAUACGGCCCAGAUGGCAUCCCUUACGUCCAAGUCUUAAAGACUGGGAGUUUGAACAUGUCAGAGGUGGAGGUCCUGUAUCUGACCAACAUAACUAUGGAGGAUGCAGGAGAGUACACUUGCUUAGCUGGCAACUCCAUCGGAUUCUCCUACCAGUCCGCGUGGCUUAUUGUCCUCUCUGAGGAGGAGGGGGCCGAUGAAGUGGAGAAAAUGGAGACCAAGUACACGGACAUCAUCAUCUACGCGUCCGGCGUCAUGGCCCUGGUCAUGGCCAUCAUUAUUGUCAUUCUCUGCCGUAUGCAGGUCCAUCCUAGCAGAGAACCGUUCGAUGUUCUACCUGUUCAGAAGCUCUCUAAGUUCCCUCUGCGUAGACAGUACUCUGUGGAGUCCAACUCAUCGGGCAAGUCCAGUGCGUCUCUGAUGAGAGUGGCCAGACUGUCCUCCAGUUGUUCCCCGAUGCUGGCUGGAGUGAUGGAGUUUGAGCUUCCCUAUGACCCUGACUGGGAGUUCCUCAGAGAGAACUUGACCUUGGGAAAACCACUGGGCGAAGGUUGCUUUGGUCAGGUGGUGAGGGCAGACGCGUUCGGCAUCAAUAAAGACCACACAGAGCAAGUGUCCACAGUGGCGGUCAAGAUGCUGAAAGAUGAUGCCACUGAUAAAGACCUGGCAGACCUGAUCUCAGAGAUGGAGCUGAUGAAGGGGAUGGGCAAACACAAGAACAUCAUCAACCUUCUAGGAGUCUGCACACAAGAUGGCCCACUGUACGUCCUGGUGGAGUAUGCUUCAAAGGGGAGUCUCAGGGAAUACCUGCGGGCUCGGCGCCCGCCUGGGAUGGACUACACCUUCGACGUGACUAAAGUCCCCGAGGAGCAGCUCACGUUCAAGGACCUGCUCUCUUGUGCCUACCAGGUGGCUCGUGGCAUGGAGUAUCUGGCCUCCAACAGGUGCAUCCACAGGGACUUGGCCGCAAGGAACGUCUUGGUGACCGAAGACAAUGUCAUGAAAAUUGCUGACUUCGGCCUGGCUCGCGGAGUCCACCAGAUCGACUACUACAAGAAAACAACCAACGGACGACUGCCAGUGAAGUGGAUGGCGCCAGAGGCCUUGUUUGACAGAGUCUACACACACCAGAGUGAUGUCUGGUCUUUUGGAGUCUUGAUGUGGGAGAUCUUCACUCUGGGUGGCUCGCCGUAUCCCGGGAUUCCCGUGGAGGAACUCUUCAAACUUUUGAAGGAAGGCCAUCGCAUGGACAAGCCCUCCAACUGCACGCAUGAGCUGUACAUGAAGAUGAGAGAGUGCUGGCAUGCCGUACCCACACAGAGACCCACCUUCAAACAGCUGGUAGAGGAGCUGGAUCGACUUCUACUCUCCAUUUCAGAUGAGUACUUGGACUUGUCCACCCCAUUCGAGCAGUACUCCCCAUCGUGUGAGGACACCUCCAGCUCUUUCUCGGACAAUGAUUCGGUUUUUACCCAUGAUGCCAUUUCCACCGACCCCUGCCUCUUGGGUUAUCCCAUCGUUCGAUCUCGGAGAGACUUAUAGGCAGCGGCACGGCACAGCUUGACCUCGGCGUUGGACUUUCGUUGGCACUAGCCGCUCGGACGGGACACGAUGUUGCCUUGAACACGCGUUUGCAGGAGAAGAAGCAGUACUCACAGGUUGAGACCCCUCGCUCACAGCCCAAGAACAUUAUUGCGAUGCUUGGCACUGCAGGAAAAAAAAAAACAACAAUCAAAUGAAAAUGGCUGCUUCAAACAAACAGGUUUUAAUUUCUUUUCAGCCCAGGAGCCUCCAUGGAGAUGCUGAUCGGAGAUCAGCGUGUAAGAACUCCCCUGAAGUAUCUGAACAGUAUUGAAAACUGGAGUGUUUUACAAAUUAAGAAAAGAACAUUUAUUUUGAUAUUAAAGAGAAAAUGAUAGCAUUGUUAAAUAUAAAUCUCUCUCUAUAUAAAAUUAUUUUACAUUUUUUGCUAUUUAAAGAAAAAAACAGCUGUCUUAAAUCUCAGGAAAUCAUGUGUUAAUUUGCUGUGGUGACAGCAAUACAGUGCCUGAUUUUUUAGAUUUCCUGUAAAUAUAUUAAAAUAUUAUAUGUACAUAUCUCACAAAAAAAAGACAAUUACUUUUAUAACUUAUUCUAAAUGAUAUGAAGUGAAGGUCUUGCGCUGGUGAAGACAAAAGAGGUCAUUCUGCUUUGAGGUGACAAAAGAAGUCCAUGAAACACAAUUUAUUUUUUUAAAGAUUCACUGUUGUAUGCCACUCACACCAUUGUACGCAUCGCCUGAGCCAAACCCGCCCGGACCAUAUCUGUCUUGAUGGUCUCUCAUGCCAGUCCAUCUCCAGGAGUGGACAAGUGGCUGCCAAAUGCAAAACAAUAGACUGGCCUCGCGGAGUGUAACACAGUUCAGCACAUUGGACAUAUCUCGGGAGACAAGCAAAGCUUCUACUGUCAGCACUGUCAAAAAAAGAAAGAAAAGGGACUCAGAGUGAAUGUGGUGGAAACCAUUAGAAGGGGUGGGGUGGGGGGGGG